CACGCUCGAAGCAGCCCGUCCCGGAGAUUUGCUGCCAGUUCAAUCGAAGCCUCCCACUUAGUGAAUUCCACACUCGGGCUGUGCAGUGUUCAUAACUCUUGUAAUCAUUUGAUCAGAUUUAGUUUGACUAAGGAUUAUUUGUAAAUGUGAACGGAUAGCUGUAAAUACAUUGGAUUGCCAUUUUAAUUUCCGCAAGCGGCCAUUACCUGUGCCAUAUUAAUUAUUAUUAUUAGGUACCUUCAAACUGCUUGUGCGGAAUAUAAAAAUCGAUAAAUUUUAUCAUAAAUUAUUGAGAUAACUCGUGACGACUUAAAAAGGGUACUGAAAGAUUUUGAACCCACGUACCUUAAGCAUCAUACCGGAACCACAAAACAUACGGCUCCAUCCACCUCAUUCGUCGUUGACGCGCUAACUUCAAGAUGGGUAAAGAAAAGACUCACAUCAACAUUGUCGUCAUCGGCCACGUGGACUCUGGCAAGUCCACCACCACCGGCCACCUCAUCUACAAGUGCGGCGGAAUCGACAAGCGUACCAUCGAGAAGUUCGAGAAGGAAGCCCAGGAGAUGGGCAAGGGCUCGUUCAAGUACGCCUGGGUGUUGGAUAAGCUGAAAGCAGAGCGCGAGCGUGGUAUCACCAUCGAUAUCGCUCUGUGGAAAUUUGAGACUGCUAAAUACUACGUCACUAUCAUCGACGCGCCGGGGCACAGAGAUUUCAUCAAGAAUAUGAUUACCGGAACUUCUCAGGCCGAUUGUGCUGUACUCAUAGUCGCCGCUGGAACCGGUGAGUUUGAGGCCGGCAUCAGUAAGAACGGCCAGACCCGUGAGCACGCACUCUUGGCGUUCACUCUGGGCGUCAAGCAACUAAUCGUGGGCGUCAACAAGAUGGACUCUACUGAGCCUCCCUACCAUGAAGCGCGCUAUGAGGAAAUUAAGAAGGAAGUGUCUUCUUACAUCAAGAAGAUCGGUUACAACCCGGCGACUGUGGCGUUCGUGCCCAUCUCCGGCUGGCACGGCGACAACAUGCUGGAGCCGUCCGACAAGAUGCCCUGGUUCAAGGGGUGGACCAUCGACCGCAAGGAUGGCAAGGUUGAGGGCAAAUGCCUUAUUGAGGCUCUGGAUGCCAUCCAGCCUCCUUCCCGCCCCACCGAGAAGCCGCUGAGGCUGCCUCUGCAGGAUGUAUACAAAAUCGGCGGUAUCGGCACCGUGCCCGUCGGCCGAGUCGAGACCGGGAUCCUUAAACCUGGUAUGGUGGUGGUGUUCGCGCCGGCCGCCAUUACCACCGAGGUGAAGUCCGUGGAGAUGCACCACGAGGCUCUGCAGGAGGCCAUGCCUGGAGACAACGUUGGCUUUAACGUUAAGAACGUGUCGGUGAAGGAAUUGCGCCGUGGCUACGUGGCCGGUGACUCUAAGAACUGCCCUCCCAAAGGCGCAUCUGACUUCACCGCACAGGUGAUCGUGCUCAACCACCCCGGGCAGAUAAGCAACGGCUACACCCCAGUGUUGGACUGCCACACCGCCCACAUCGCCUGCAAGUUUGCCGAGAUUAAGGAGAAGUGCGACCGACGUACCGGUAAGACUACCGAGGUGGAGCCGAAGUCGAUCAAGUCGGGCGACGCAGCGAUCGUGACGCUGAUGCCGACCAAGGCUCUGUGCGUGGAGUCGUUCCAGGAGUUCCCGCCGCUCGGCCGUUUCGCCGUGCGCGACAUGCGCCAGACCGUCGCCGUCGGCGUCAUCAAGAGCGUGACCUUCAAGGAGGUCACUACAGGUAAAAUCACCAAGGCCGCCGAGAAGGCCCAGAAGAAAAAAUAACCAUGGGGCAUCUCAUCAAACUCAUCGCAGCCGGUAGCCAACUCCCGCGGUGCUGCGAUCUCCCAACUUCCAACCGCCCCCGCCCCUGUCCCCGCCCCCACACCCGCGACUCCCCCUGCCACCCCCUCGGCCGAGCCUCGCCCCCCCGCGCCCCCGCGCACUCGUCGCCGCUGCGCACCGGCGCGCGGCCGCAAUCGGAGCUUCUUGACUGGUGACGUCACUCCCCUCCCCAAGUCGUGCAUUUAUCGGAACAAGAUACUCAAGUUUAUUCGUUUUAGUUAUGUAUACGUGUUAAGUUUAUGUCUCUUUGCUUAUUUUAGGCGUAAGUCGUUCUCCAAGUAUGUGUUUCCAGUGUCUAGUUUACGUUUCAUACGUAACGUUAUAUUUUUCCAUCGCAAGGAAUUCAGGAGGAAAGGCCACGAAAUUGAAAUUGAAUAUUUAAGCAAUGAUCGUCUCGUGGUUGUAAAGCAUAUGUUAGCCAUGCGUUGUCUCGAAAUUGUCAAAGUUUCCUUGUUAAUUUUGUUUAUAUAGCAUGCGUAUAUUUUAUUUAUGUUGUAAGAAUAAAUAAUAAUUAUAACUACAUAUUAUGGUCCUAUUACUUGUAUGUAUGAAAUGUGACGUACUAAUUUGUAACUUAUUAAUGAAAACUUACCUCGUUUUAACGUAAUUUUAUUAUGAACUGGAUUGAAGUUAAAUUUUCACAAUUUAAUAGAUCAAAUAAGUUAUUUUCGUAAGUUUAAAGAAGUGAUUAUAAGUAGGAGUUGAACAUCUGUGAGUAGAAAUUGGGGGUAGUCGGUUCUAAAUCGACUGCCAGUAGUUGAAUUUAGCGAUACGUUUAUAACGUUAAGAACGUUUUGAUAGAAAUUUGACGACUGUAACGUGUAAUGUGAUUUUUGUUCCUAGGAAAGCAGUACUUACCUAUUUGAUAGUUUUACUAAGUACAUUUGCUCGCCUGGACAUGGUGAAACCGUAAAAAAUGCGAAGGCCGUAACGUUUAAAAGUUUAAACAUUCAAUUUAAAUUUCAAUGACUGUUAGAAAUUCACAUAGGCAAUCAAAAUCUUAAGCUAAAUGUAUCUUUGUAAUUUUUUCAAUAAUUUUGUAAAGACCUUGAUCCUGAUAAACCAAUAAAGAAGCUACUGGUAUAAAUGA